GUUAUAGCACAAUAUAGGGAUUAGUGGUCUGUUGAACUGGUAACGACUUUUGCUGAAAACAAACUCGAGCAAUGAACGGUCAUAAUAACAGCAGUGAUUAGAGUCGGCAUUUUCUCCACCAAAAUUUGCAGGGGUCCUCUUAAAAUUAUUAUCUCCUGCUUCGAAAUGAGCCUUCCAAAUAAUGCCAAGCGYAAAGGCCGUGAGCUCAAAGCYAUAAAGGAUUUCACUGCAGCCGAUGUUUGCUUUAACGAUGGUGCUAAACCGUUGUCUUUUCAGUUAGGAGACGUUUUCACAUUGCUGGGUUACCGCGACAAACACUGGGCCAAUGUCGAGAGAAUUGUUUGCAAUAAUAAUUCAGUUUUACUGAUAGAAACCUAUCCACCAACUGAAAGAGGGAUUGUGCCGAGAGACUAUGUUCUAGAGAUGGAACCGGGUGGUUUAGACGAUUCUUCUGGUAAUCAAGAUCAGAAUGGAUCAGAUAAAGAUAGUCUGYCAGAGUGUCAAGACGACGAAGCCAUGAAGGCUGUAUUUGAGAAAGAAGACCUAGUACGGCAACUUGAAGCUACAAAGAAAAGAUUAUAUGAGGCCCAAAAAGAGAAUCAUGCAUUGAAAGAUAGGUCAAAGAAAGAGUUUGGCAAAAAUGUGCAGCUCUUGCAUCAGCUUUUGCAGCAGUACUAUGCAGCAAGUGAAGUGCUUAUUGCAACAAAGGAAGAACUGUCCAUUGCACAGAAGUCCAUCAUAAGUCAUCAAGAAAUGAAUAAGAAGUACUUGGAUGUAAUUGAAGAAAUUAAAAAUCAAAUCCACAAGUCAGGGAAUAAAUCAGCAAUAAAAUUAGUGGACAAAAUUCUUGCAAAAGAAGCAAAGCAGCCUAAUGGUGUUAUUUUGCCAGGAAAGGAAAGAGCAAAAAGUAUUGGAGAAGAUGAUUUGAUGCUUUCAUGCACCCUUUGCUCUGAAAAGAUCAGAGUUAGUGAAUUGGCAAGUCAUUCAAAGAUAUGUUCAGCGCAAGACAAAGGCCAUGAAAAGCCCAAAYUAACAAAACAACCCAGUACACCUACACCAUCAACAGAAAUGCUGAGAGUGAAUGUCACUUAUUCAGAAACGGAUCAAAARAAUGCAACAUUUAAAGUUGUUACUAAGACCACUCUGCCAAACUAUCAGUUUCCUCUUUAUGAAGUACAUAGAAGUGAAGCACAUUUUGAAUGGGUGCARGAAGCAUUACAAGAAGMACUGCCAGAGAGAAUAGUGCCACCAUUAAUAAAACAUACUUCUUUGAAUGGAAAGACAAGAGAAUUACAAAGAUUUUUAUCAAGAAUUUGUUCUCACAAGGUUUUAAGGAAAGAUGGAUUACUACAUUUAUUUUUAACUGGAUUCAAUGAGGAGUUAGAAGCAGCUAGAGCAACACUUGACAGAAGAAAAAGCACCUCUGACAACACAGAGACCGUAACUGAAAAACAAAUCUAUGAUGAGAAUGCACCAGUAGUUAAAUGCAAGAAAUACAUGGAAUCACUUCAUCGACAUCUACAUGAGCUCAUCAAUAAUCUCCAAAAUACUUUUGAAGAUAAAUCAACAGGUCUUGGUAUUUGGUUUAAACUGUUAUCAGAGGGGGAACCCACAGACACCUACCUCAAGUCAGCUUGUGCAGGCCUGAGUAAAAUAUGCUAUGAACUUGACAACCACAGGGAACCAGAGGAAAACCUAAUUGUCAGUGAUCUUCGAAGUAUUGCAGAGUACAUCAAAUGUGCUGAGAAUCUUCUAGUCAGAGUUGAAAAAGCUGUAGAUAACUUUUUGCAUUGGGAUGCUGAAAUAAGGACUUGUGAACAAAUGACGAAUCCUAAAGGAAACAGCACAGAAGAAAGUCAAAGUUUAACUCAGCGAUGGGCUGUGGCAAACUCCAAUUGUGCAGAAGCGAAAUCAUACUUGGAACAACUAUGUCAAGAUUUGACCAGUGAACUGUCCCACUUUGAUUUACGAAAAGAAUCUGAACUAAGAGAUGUUUUGAUUGAGUAUUCUACCCUUAAAUCAGAACAUUUUGAAAAGGUUCAAAGCAAGUGGUUUGGGGUCAAGUUCAUGGUAGAAGCACCAAUUUCAUCAGAUGUUAGAGCAGUCAAAUGUAUUGAAGACUUGUCAUCAAGUAAUUGAUGGUUAAAUGAAUAUAUGGGAGGUUUAUCAUUCUAGACUACAUAAWAUAAUAUAGUAAUCUACUAGAAAUCUUCUUAUCUGGAACUUUAUCAAUUGAAAACGAGUCUUAAUGAAAAUUUUAUUCACAAACAUUAGUAUUAGUAUAAGAGAUAGUGGAGUGUUUAUUGGAUGCACUAAAUCCUUCAAAGAAAUAUUAUGAAUUACUACAAAUAGUGUUGAUGCAGACAAAAGAACCAAAAGAAUUAGUAUUAUUUAGUAMCUAUUUUGUACUAUUUUUGCUUAAACUGAUUAAGUGGGUUCACUCUAUAGCAGUAUAUUUCAUAAUAAUUAUUAGAAUAUUUUGAUAAUUUAAUGAUAGUCACACAGCAGUGCAAAUGAUGCGUGGUAGUGUAUUUUGAAGAUUAUUGAAGUGUAUUUGGCAUUAGUUUGCACUGAAUAGAAAUUACAUCUGAUGGUCCAUGAAGAUGUAUUUGGACAAAUGGUCUAGUACUGGUAGUCCACCAAAUCCAGUGGUCUACUAAAAUUAUUUUAGCAUCCACCAAACUAUUCAUUCCAACAAAUUUGAAAUACGAGCAAAAAUCAAAUUUUCCCAACUUUUUCACUUAUUUCUUUAUGCGGCCAUAGGCAAACUUGAAUAGACCAUAGUACAACAGCCAAUCAGAAAACUUUAUAUUAAAUGAUAGUCCAUAGUUUGAAGGAUGCUGAUGGUUUUUACCUCUUAGUUCUUAGUUAAUUACUCUCCUAACUAGCUUGCGCUAAUCCUAGAAGGUUCACUCUUAUUCUAAUCCUAGAAGGCUCACUCUUAUUCUAUAAAAUAAUAUACUGUAUAUUGUUUCAUUGCUCCCUUGAAUUCCUUGGUUGUUUCAAGAAGAAUUUUUUAAAACAAUUUAUAAUAAUCAUUAAUACUGGCUAUAAUGAUUUUACAUGUAUUAUAAAUGAUCUUUUAUUCAAAUUGAAAAUUACAAAGUAUGAUAGAAUUAUAGUUAUUAGUAAUGCCAUUUUGAAUGAUGGUACAUUUUCGGCACAAUUUCAGUUSGGUGGUGAACAUUUUGUUGCACUACACACAAAUUUAUAUUCGAGAUUUUGCCAAACAAAGGCACUUGAGAUAUGCUGCCACAACAUUUUGCUGAUAAUUUUAUUGGAUUUUUGAUAAAAUAGAGCUUGUUCUUAAUCUAGUCUAUCAAUAAGCUAAAUAUUAGAUAAGUUUAUAUCAUCAAUUGUGAAUGGGCUUUUAAUAAUAAUAAUUAYAAUUAUAAUUAACAAUUAAUUAACAAUGACAAUAAUAAUAUUUGAAUUAUUAGUGUCAUGAUAUCAUUUAUAAAUAUAAUAUAUUCAGAUUUGAAUCCAAGGGUUAAUAAUGUAAGUAUAAUAUCACAAAAUCAUUAUACAGGAAUAAGUAUCCUUUUGUUUGUAACACACUACCAUAUAUCAUUGUAAUUUACCCCCUCCCCCAUUAAUCAAAUUUUGUAUCAAAGUAUAAAAGAGAAUAUUAACAGGAAUUUCAAAUAAAUGUUUUUAAUAUAAAUUAAAA